GGUACUUUUUGAAAAAAAUUUUUUGACGCACUUUUCAAAAUUUUGCAAAACCAAAACUUUUUAGGCGGUUUUGUGUAUGGAGGGUUACUAGUCUCGGGGUCACUUUUUGACCAAAAAACCACUAUAUAUCAUUCGAAAGGUAAUUUCAAGGGCUACAAAAAAUUGUUCUACGGCACCCCCCUCCGACGUCUAGUAUUCGAGUUAUUGAGGAAAAACAGUUUAUAGUUAAUUUUUCACUCGAUUUUUCACCAUGUAUCGCACAUUACUCCGGUUCUAUACAUUGGAUCGUCUAUCUUUAAGAUUUUAUGGGUAGUUCCAACUGUUUGCUACAUUUCAUCCGUACAUCACAAAGCGAUUCAAUGUCUGUGCUAGAAGUUAUUAGAGGGAUAAAAAAAAUUACCCUUGGCUUUGCCCCGUAAAAUUUUACCCAUUUUGCCACUUUGGAUCCUUAUAACUCGGUCAUUUUCCAAUGGAUCUUCAAUUGUAGCACAUAUUUGGAAAGAUCUGCUCAUCAGCUACCAAAAGUUAUUCUACGCCGAUGUGCUAAGUUGUCUGUGGAAAAAGUUAUUCGAGGUACAAAGACUUAACAUUUUCUCAACUUUUCCAAAAAAUUCCUCAUUUUGCCACUUUGGAUGCUUAUAACUCGGUCAGUUUCCAAUGGAUCUUCAAUUGUAGCACAUAUUUGGAUAGAUCUGGUCAUUAGCUACCAAAAGUUAUUCUACGCCGAUGUGCUAAGUUGUCUGUGGAAAAAGUUAUUCGAGGUACAAAGACUUAACAUUUUCUCAACUUUUCCAAAAAAAUUCCUCAUUUUGCCACUUUGGAUGCUUAUAACUCGGUCAGUUUCCAAUGGAUCUUCAAUUGUAGCACAUAUUUGGAUAGAUCUGGUUAUUAGCUACCAAAAGUUAUUCUACGCCGAUGUGCUAAGUUGUCUGUGGAAAAAGUUAUUCGAGGUACAAAGACUUAACAUUUUCUCAACUUUUCCAAAAAAAUUCAUCAUUUUGCCACUUUGGAUGCUUAUAACUCGGUCAGUUUCCAAUGGAUCUUCAAUUGUAGCACAUAUUUGGAUAGAUCUGGUCAUUAGCUACCAAAAGUUAUUCUACGCCGAUGUGCUAAGUUGUCUGUGGAAAAAGUUAUUCGAGGUACAAAGACUUAACAUUUUCUCAACUUUUCCAAAAAAAUUCCUCAUUUUGCCACUUUGGAUGCUUAUAACUCGGUCAGUUUCCAAUGGAUCUUCAAUUGUAGCACAUAUUUGGAUAGAUCUGGUCAUUAGCUACCAAAAGUUAUUCUACGCCGAUGUGCUAAGUUGUCUGUGGAAAAAGUUAUUCGAGGUACAAAGACUUAACAUUUUCUCAACUUUUCCAAAAAAAUUCCUCAUUUUGCCACUUUGGAUGCUUAUAACUCGGUCAGUUUCCAAUGGAUCUUCAAAUGUAGCAUAUAUUUGGAUAGAUCUGGUCAUUAGCUACCAAAAGUUAUUCUACGCCGAUGUGCUAAGUUGUCUGUGGAAAAAGUUAUUCGAGGUACAAAGACUUAACAUUUUCUCAACUUUUCCUAAAAAAUUCCUCAUUUUGCCACUUUGGAUGCUUAUAACUCGGUCAGUUUCCAAUGGAUCUUCAAUUGUAGCACAUAUUUGGAUAGAUCUGGUCAUUAGCUACCAAAAGUUAUUCUACGCCGAUGUGCUAAGUUGUCUGUGGAAAAAGUUAUUCGAGGUACAAAGACUUAACAUUUUCUCAACUUUUCCAAAAAAAUUCCUCAUUUUGCCACUUUGGAUGCUUAUAACUCGGUCAGUUUUCAAUGGAUCUUCAAUUAUAGCACAUAUUUGGAUAGAUCUGGUCAUUAGCUACCAAAAGUUAUUCUACGCCGAUGUGCUAAGUUGUCUGUGGAAAAAGUUAUUCGAGGUACAAAGACUUAACAUUUUCUCAACUUUUCCAAAAAAAUUCCUCAUUUUGCCACUUUGGAUGCUUAUAACUCGGACAGUUUCCAAUGGAUCUUCAAUUGUAGCACAUAUUUGGAUAGAUCUGGUCAUUAGCUACCAAAAGUUAUUCUACGCCGAUGUGCUAAGUUGUCUGUGGAAAAAGUUAUUCGAGGUACAAAGACUUAACAUUUUCUCAACUUUUCCAAAAAAAUUCCUCAUUUUGCCACUUUGGAUGCUUAUAACUCGGUCAGUUUCCAAUGGAUCUUCAAUUGUAGCACAUAUUUGGAUAGAUCUGGUCAUUAGCUACCAAAAGUUAUUCUACGCCGAUGUGCUAAGUUGUCUGUGGAAAAAGUUAUUCGAGGUACAAAGACUUAACAUUUUCUCAACUUUUCCAAAAAAAUUCCUCAUUUUGCCACUUUGGAUGCUUAUAACUCGGUCAGUUUCCAAUGGAUCUUCAAUUGUAGCACAUAUUUGGAUAGAUCUGGUCAUUAGCUACCAAAAGUUAUUCUACGCCGAUGUGCUAAGUUGUCUGUGAAAAAAGUUAUUCGAGGUACAAAGACUUAACAUUUUCUCAACUUUUCCAAAAAAAUUCCUCAUUUUGCCACUUUGGAUGCUUAUAACUCGGUCAGUUUCCAAUGGAUCUUCAAUUGUAGCACAUAUUUGGAUAGAUCUGGUCAUUAGCUACCAAAAGUUAUUCUACGCCGAUGUGCUAAGUUGUCUGUGGAAAAAGUUAUUCGAGGUACAAAGACUUAACAUUUUCUCAAUUUUUCCUAAAAAAUUCCUCAUUUUGCCACUUUGGAUGCUUAUAACUCGGUCAGUUUCCAAUGGAUCUUCAAUUGUAACACAGAUUUGGAAAGAUCUGCUCAUCAGCUACCAAAAGUUAUUCUACGCCGAUGUGCUAAGUUGUCUGUGGAAAAAGUUAUUCGAGGUACAAAGACUUAACAUUUUCUCAACUUUUCCAAAAAAUUCCUCAUUUUGCCACUUUGGAUGCUUAUAACUCGGUCAGUUUCCAAUGGAUCUUCAAUUGUAGCACAUAUUUGGAUAGAUCUGGUCAUUAGCUACCAAAAGUUAUUCUACGCCGAUGUGCUAAGUUGUCUGUGGAAAAAGUUAUUCGAGGUACAAAGACUUAACAUUUUCUCAACUUUUCCAAAAAAAUUCCUCAUUUUGCCACUUUGGAUGCUUAUAACUCGGUCAGUUUCCAAUGGAUCUUCAAUUGUAGCACAUAUUUGGAUAGAUCUGGUCAUUAGCUACCAAAAGUUAUUCUACGCCGAUGUGCUAAGUUGUCUGUGGAAGAAGUUAUUCGAGGUGCAAAGACUUAACAUUUUCUCAACUUUUCCAAAAAAAUUCCUCAUUUUGCCACUUUGGAUCCUUAUAACUCGGUCAGUUUCCAAUGGAUCUUCAAUUGUAGCACAUAUUUGGAUAGAUCUGGUCAUUAGCUACCAAAAGUUAUUCUACGCCGAUGUGCUAAGUUGUCUGUGGAAAAAGUUAUUCGAGGUACAAAGACUUAACAUUUUCUCAACUUUUCCUAAAAAAUUCCUCAUUUUGCCACUUUGGAUGCUUAUAACUCGGUCAGUUUCCAAAGGAUCUUCAAUUGUAACACAGAUUUGGAAAGAUCUGCUCAUCAGCUACCAAAAGUUAUUCUACGCCGAUGUGCUAAGUUGUCUGUGGAAAAAGUUAUUCGAGGUACAAAGACUUAAAAUUUUCUCAACUUUUCCAAAAAAAUUCCUCAUUUUGCCACUUUGGAUGCUUAUAACUCGGUCAGUUUCCAAUGGAUCUUCAAUUGUAGCACAUAUUUGGAUAGAUCUGGUCAUUAGCUACCAAAAGUUAUUCUACGCCGAUGUGCUAAGUUGUCUGUGGAAAAAGUUAUUCGAGGUACAAAGACUUAACAUUUUCUCAACUUUUCCAAAAAAAUUCCUCAUUUUGCCACUUUGGAUGCUUAUAACUCGGUCAGUUUCCAAUGGAUCUUCAAUUGUAGCACAUAUUUGGAUAGAUCUGGUCAUUAGCUACCAAAAGUUAUUCUACGCCGAUGUGCUAAGUUGUCUGUGGAAAAAGUUAUUCGAGGUACAAAGACUUAACAUUUUCUCAACUUUUCCAAAAAAAUUCCUCAUUUUGCCACUUUGGAUGCUUAUAACUCGGUCAGUUUCCAAUGGAUCUUCAAUUGUAGCACAUAUUUGGAUAGAUCUGGUCAUUAGCUACCAAAAGUUAUUCUACGCCGUUGUGCUAAGUUGUCUGUGGAAAAAGUUAUUCGAGGUACAAAGACUUAACAUUUUCUCAACUUUUCCAAAAAAAUUCCUCAUUUUGCCACUUUGGAUGCUUAUAACUCGGUCAGUUUCCAAUGGAUCUUCAAUUGUAGCACAUAUUUGGAUAGAUCUGGUCAUUAGCUACCAAAAGUUAUUCUACGCCGAUGUGCUAAGUUGUCUGUGGAAAAAGUUAUUCGAGGUACAAAGACCUAAAAUUUUCUCAAUUUUUCCUAAAAAAUUCCUCAUUUUGCCACUUUGGAUGCUUAUAACUCGGUCAGUUUCCAAUGGAUCUUCAAUUGUAGCACAUAUUUGGAUAGAUCUGGUCAUUAGCUACCAAAAGUUAUUCUACGCCGAUGUGCUAAGUUGUCUGUGGAAAAAGUUAUUCGAGGUACAAAGACUUAACAUUUUCUCAACUUUUCCAAAAAAAAUUCCUCAUUUUGCCACUUUGGAUGCUUAUAACUCGGUCAGUUUCCAAUGGAUCUUCAAUUGUAGCACAUAUUUGGAUAGAUCUGGUCAUUAGCUACCAAAAGUUAUUCUAAGUCGAUGUGCUAAGUUGUCUGUGGAAAAAGUUAUUCGAGGUACAAAGACUUAACAUUUUCUCAACUUUUCCAAAAAAAAAUCCUCAUUUUGCCACUUUGGAUGCUUAUAACUCGGUCAGUUUCCAAUGGAUCUUCAAUUGUAACACAUAUUUGGAUAGAUCUGGUCAUUAGCUACCAAAAGUUAUUCUACGCCGAUGUGCUAAGUUGUCUGUGGAAAAAGUUAUCCGAGGUACAAAGACUUAACAUUUUCUCAACUUUUCCAAAAAAUUCCUCAUUUUGCCACUUUGGAUGCUUAUUACUCGGUCAGUUUCCAAUGGAUCUUCAAUUGUAGCACAUAUUUGGAUAGAUCUGGUAAUUAGCUACCAAAAGUUAUUCUACGCCGAUGUGCUAAGUUGUCUGUGGAAAAAGUUAUUCGAGGUACAAAGACUUAACAUUUUCUCAACUUUUCCAAAAAAUUCCUCAUUUUGCCACUUUGGAUGCUUAUAACUCGGUCAGUUUCCAAUGGAUCUUCAAUUGUAGCACAAAUUUGGAUAGAUCUGGUCAUUAGCUACCAAAAGUUAUUCUACGCCGAUGUGCUAAGUUGUCUGUGGAAAAAGUUAUUCGAGGUACAAAGACUUAACAUUUUCUCAACUUUUCCAAAAAAAAUUCCUCAUUUUGCCACUUUGGAUGCUUAUAACUCGGUCAGUUUCCAAUGGAUCUUCAAUUGUAGCACAUAUUUGGAUAGAUCUGGUCAUUAGCUACCAAAAGUUAUUCUACGCCGAUGUGCUAAGUUGUCUGUGGAAAAAGUUAUUCGAGGUACAAAGACUUAACAUUUUCUCAACUUUUCCUAAAAAAUUCCUCAUUUUGCCACUUUGGAUCCUUAUAACUCGGUCAGUUUCCAAUGGAUCUUCAAUUGUAGCACAUAUUUGGAUAGAUCUGGUCAUUAGCUACCAAAAGUUAUUCUACGCCGAUGUGCUAAGUUGUCUGUGGAAAAAGUUAUUCGAGGUACAAAGACUUAACAUUUUCUCAACUUUUCCAAAAAAAAUUCCUCAUUUUGCCACUUUGGAUGCUUAUAACUCGGUCAGUUUCCAAUGGAUCUUCAAUUGUAGCACAUAUUUGGAUAGAUCUGGUCAUUAGCUACCAAAAGUUAUUCUACGCCGAUGUGCUAAGUUGUCUGUGGAAAAAGUUAUUCGAGGUACAAAGACUUAACAUUUUCUCAACUUUUCCAAAAAAAUUCCUCAUUUUGCCACUUUGGAUGCUUAUAACUCGGUCAGUUUCCAAUGGAUCUUCAAUUGUAGCACAUAUUUGGAUAGAUCUGGUCAUUAGCUAUCAAAAGUUAUUCUACGCCGAUGUGCUAAGUUGUCUGUGGAAAAAGUUAUUCGAGGUACAAAGACUUAACAUUUUCUCAACUUUUCCAAAAAAAUUCCUCAUUUUGCCACUUUGGAUGCUUAUAACUCGGUCAGUUUCCAAUGGAUCUUCAAUUGUAGCACAUAUUUGGAAAGAUCUGCUCAUCAGCUACCAAAAGUUAUUCUACGCCGAUGUGCUAAGUUGUCUGUGGAAAAAGUUAUUCGAAAAAGUAGCUUCUAAUACUUUGAAUGGCUUAUACGAAUUGCCUACCUUCAGGCUGAUUUCUCGCGAUUCGCAUUUCAAUUUCUAUUUUUGACUAUAUCUCAGUCAUUUACCGACCGAUUUUGGAUUUUCUUUGUGAUUUGGAUAGAUCUCGAUAAAUGCAAGCUAAAAGUCUUCCACGACCAUGUGCUCCGAUGUCGGGCAAAAAAGUUAUUCGCGACCUAAACUUUUUCUUUCACCUGCCAUAACUCGGUCAAUUUUCAACAUUUUCUCGAUCUUUCUUCAGAAUUAGAUGCGUCUUGUGACGCGCUACAAAAAGUUGUUCCACGACCAUGCGCUCCGAUGCCGGGCAAAAAAGUUAUUCGCGGUACAAAGUUUGGUGCACCAAGUGUUGUUUUCCAUACAAAAUGUUCACAUUUGCACCUAUUCUUCGAUGUAACUCGGUGAAUUUUCAACAUUUUUCCAAAAUUUCUUCUGUUUUAGUUACAUCUCGUGAAAUUCUACCAAAAAGUAUUCUACACCCAUGUGCUCAGACGUAGGGCACAAAAGUUAUUCGCGAAAAACCUCUAUUUCAACCUAUUUCAACCCCGUUCAACCCCGGUGCCACGUUUCAACCUAUUUUUGCCCAUAUCUCAGUCAUUUACCGACCGAUUUUGGAUUUUCUUUGUGAUUUGGAUAGAUCUCGACAAAUGCAAGCUAAAAGUCUUCCACGACCAUGUGCUCCGAUGUCGGGCAAAAAAGUUAUUCGCGACCUAAGCUUUUUCUUUCACCUGCCAUAACUCGGCCAAUUUUCAACAUUUUCUCGAUCUUUCUUCAGAAUUAGAUGCGUCUCGUGACGCGCUACAAAAAAAUGUUCCACGACCAUGCGCUCCGAUGCCGGGCAAAAAAGUUAUUCGCGGUACAAAGUUUGGUGCACCAAGUGUUGUCUUCCAUACAAAAUGUUCAAUGUACGGGUACCCGACUCUAGUAAAAAAGUGAAAUUUUUUACUAGUUACCAACUUUUGCAAAUUAUCAUCGGAUUUCACUUUUUAUGGUCUAUAGUGAGUUCUGAUCACGAUUUGGUACUUUUUGAAAAAAUUUUUUUGACGCACUUUUCAAAAUUUUGCAAAACCAAAACUUUUUAGGCGGUUUUGUGUAUGGAGGGUUACUAGUCUCGGGGUCACUUUUUGACCAAAAAACCACUAUAUAUCAUUCGAAAGGUAAUUUCAAGGGCUACAAAAAAUUGUUCUACGGCACCCCCCUCCGACGUCUAGUAUUCGAGUUAUUGGCCAAAAACCAUCACUUGAGCGAUUUUUCGUUCAGGGUACCCGACUCUAGUAAAAAAGUGAAAUUUUUCUCGAUUGACCAAGUGUUGCAAAUGAUCAUCGGAUUUCACUUUUUAUGGUCUAUAGUGAGUUCUGAUCACGAUUUGGUACUUUUUGAAAAAAUUUUUUUGACGCACUUUUCAAAAUUUUGCAAAACCAAAACUUUUUAGGCGGUUUUGUGUAUGGAGGGUUACUAGUCUCGGGGUCACUUUUUGACCAAAAAACCACUAUAUAUCAUUCGAAAGGUAAUUUCAAGGGCUACAAAAAAUUGUUCUACGGCACCCCCCUCCGACGUCUAGUAUUCGAGUUAUUGGCCAAAAACCAUCACUUGAGCGAUUUUUCGUUCAGGGUACCCGACUCUAGUAAAAAAGUGAAAUUUUUCUCGAUUGACCAAGUGUUGCAAAUGACCAUCGGAUUUCACUUUUUAUGGUCUAUAGUGAGUUCUGAUCACGAUUUGGUACUUUUUGAAAAAAAUUUUUUGACGCACUUUUCAAAAUUUUGCAAAACCAAAACUUUUUAGGCGGUUUUGUGUAUGGAGCGUUACUAGUCUCGGGGUCACUGUUUGACCAAAAAACCACUAUAUAUCAUUCGAAAGGUAAUUUCAAGGGCUACAAAAAAUUGUUCUACGGCACCCCCCUCCGACGUCUAGUAUUCGAGUUAUUGGCCAAAAACCGCAACUAUAGCGGUUUUUCGUACAGGGUACCCGACUCUAGUAAAAAAGUGAAAUUUUUCUCGAUUGACCAAGUGUUGCAAAUGACCAUCGGAUUUCACUUUUUAUGGUCUAUAGUGAGUUCUGAUCACGAUUUGGUACUUUUUGAAAAAAUUUUUUUGACGCACUUUUCAAAAUUUUGCAAAACCAAAACUUUUUAGGCGGUUUUGUGUAUGGAGCGUUACUAGUCUCGGGGUCACUGUUUGACCAAAAAACCACUAUAUAUCAUUCGAAAGGUAAUUUCAAGGGCUACAAAAAAUUGUUCUACGGCACCCCCCUCCG